AUGAAACAUCAUCAUCAACAGCAUCCUCGUGGCCGUGCACUUCUUCGCACUCGUUCAAGAGGUGGCGAUGAAGGCCGGUACCUUCAAGGAGAAGGCAAUAACAACAAGAACAAUAAUCAAGAUGAUGCCCCACUCCCGACUCCUCCGCCUACCUUAUUUGCACCCACAAUGGCACCAACAAAAUCGGCAACCGUUACAAAUCGCCUGUUUCAAGGAUCUUUAUCCUUGGAAUGGAGUUUGCUCUUGCUGACAAAUGAUGAUGACGACGACGUGGGCGAAGGAUCGGCUUCUUCCAUGAUCAGCAACGGGGUGGAUGAGUUGAAGAAUUGGAUUGCUACAGAUUUUCUAUGCAGGCAAGACUCUAUUUGGUUGACGACCGACAUGAAGGACCUCGAUAGCGAUUGUCAGGCAACAUUGAGGAGGCGCACCCAAGAAGAUGCUUCAGUACCGCCCACUACUACCUCAGGGCAACCCUUUUAUCCCUACCGAACGAUACUAUGGAAUGAUCCGAAAGUACUAGAGAGUCGAGAAACUUUGGCAGCAACAAACGCCGAAUACACAGUUUGGACCAUCGAGUACCCAGUUUAUUCCUAUGCCAAUUUUUCCAACGAGAAGGAAAAAGCAGAAGGAAAACUUCAAGAACGCUUGAAUCAAAGAAUCGAAAACGGAAACAUGGCGUGGGAAGAUGGCAUUCUGGCCGUGGUAGGGAAUGAGAUGGAAGUGUUUCUGCCCACCAGCGGCAACCACUAUUGGCGCGGCAAUGACCACUUCAUGCUUGAUUUGGGCCCCAUCAUGAUUACUCCGCUUCAAGCCAUCGGAGCUGUAAUUAUUCUCCUGCAGACCAUUGGGCUGAUUAUUUUGCACAUCUUUGUCAAGCCAGUUUUGGCUGAUAAAGUCCGCAAAAAGAAGCUAGAGAAACAGCAACUGCUUGUAUAUGUUCCAACCAAACAAUACAGCAUUGGAUCCCAGCAGCUGCAAAGAAGUUCGUCAGGGCGUUCCCACAGAAGUCAGUCAAGCCGUACGCAAAGCUACACAAAGAGAGACUUCAUACCGAACAAUAUAGCAAUCCUCGAAGGAAAAGAGAGAAGUUCAGUGUGUUCCAGCACUGGUGGAUACCCUGUCCCAUACUAG